CAGGACCAUGGGUGCAGCAGCAGGUAAGUAUGGCAGUGACCAGGAUGCGGGCCAGGUGCAGGACCAUGGGUGCAGCAGCAGGUAAGUAUGGCGGUGACCAGGAUGCAGGCCAGGUGCAGGGCCAUGGGUGCAGCAGCAGGUAAGUAUGGCAGCAAUCAGGAUACAAGCCAGAUGCAGCAGAGUCAGACAAGCCGGGUCAAGAUCAAACGAGCAAAUCAAGUACAAGGAAGCAGGCAGGUGGAUAGUCAGGGAUAGGUCGGGGUCAGUGCAGGCGGAGUUCUUUCUUAGUCAGGUCAGAUCAGAUACAGGCAACAGAAUUAUGUUAUGAUGUGCAGAACGUU